ACUAACCUCAAAACUUUGUAUCGUCAGUCAUUUCUCCCGCUUCAAUUUUCAAGAAUUUCCCUGUGACUGAUGGUAAAAUAAAAAAUUAAUUUCUAUAAUAUGCGUGUCGUAAGUUAACAAUUUCAACUUAGAUAUACAAAUACUCUUGAUUCAAAGUUUCUGGAUUGGCUCAGAUGACAAACUUCUCUUCUUUGGAUAGGAUAUCGAAGUCAACUGAACUAAACUUUCAAUAAUAAUGGACGAUGAUGGCUUGGAUUUUCUCGAUGAAUUUAUUGACAACGCAUUUGAAGAAGCGGAAAAGUAUGACAAAGUAGCCAAUGGUGAGACGUUGCUCACUCCAUCUUCUAGUAAAUCUAAGCAGUUGAAAGAUUUCAAUUUUCUAGCAGAAGAGACACAAGUAGCCGAAAGCCCCAUUACAAAGAAACCUACAGUUAACGCGCAGUUGACAAAAAAGCAAACUAGUAAUGAAUGUAAGAAGGCAGUUCCAGAAAAAAGUCUCAUUCACAAUGGUGAUACAGAUGAUUCCGAAGAUGAAGACAAUCGAAAUCCGUCCGAAAAAAAGUACAACGAGUUUGGUCAGUUUGUCAAUAAUAAACUAAAAGAGGAUGAAAAUAGCAAAAGUGGAUCGUUAUCAAGUCUUUUCAAGAAUACUUCAUGGAAAAGUAAGACCUCUACUGAGAAAGUAAUUUUGAAAACAUCAUCAUCUGUAAAACCGUCCGGUGAUUCAUUUGUGUCUACAAUAGGCCUCAAUAUUGUAAAUCCAUUAGUACAGGCUGGAUCGCUUUUCGAGAAGAUGGCAGGUCGGACGUAUGUGCAUUUCGUGAAAUUGAAAUAUCACACCGAACGAAUAGCUAGAAAAGACAGCGAGAUGGUCAACAAAGACUGGAUCGUAAUUGGUGUUGUCGUCGCCAAAUCGGCUGCUAAGGAAUCGAAAAAAGGAAAUAACUUUUGUGUUUGGACUAUAAGUGAUUUGAGGAUGGGUUUAAAAACAGCGUCCUUGUUUUUGUUUGGAAAUGCUUACACUCAACUUUGGAAACGUCCAGUCGGCACAGUAAUCGGGGUUCUAAAUCCUACUGUCAUGGAUCAAAGUCAACGUGAUAAUGUGGAGGCCUGUUUGUCGGUGUACUCUGCUGACCAGGUCAUGGUGAUUGGUCAGUCAAAAGAUUUCGGGAUAUGCAAAGCAAGAAAGAACAAUGGUGAUCGUUGCACGAUGUUUGUGAACAAGAGCAGCUGUGAGGUGUGCAUAUAUCACGUAGAGAAGGAGUACAAGAAGUUCAGCAACCGAUCUGAUCUGCAAUCGCCCACCUCUGGCGGCCUUCAGAAACUACGCAACAAAGUUCUCGGAAAAAACGAGGUGUUCUACGCGGGACAAAGUUUCUCGGCCAUUAAAAGCAAACAAUCGAAGAAGACAAUCGAGAAAGACAAGAACAGAUUGCGGGACUUGUUCGGCGGAUGCAGCGGCCAGUCCAAGUUUGUUUCGAAUGACGUCACGCCUGCUGCUGGAUCGAGCGCCGGUCCCAGCAUUGAGUUCACCAGAUUCAAAAAGAUCAAGGAUGCCGAGCUGUUGGCCAAGCUCAAUGAUACUACUGGAGAGAAGAAGGCAAGUGACUACGAUGCAAAGGAUUCAGAUAAGAAAACCUCAACUAACAGAAAUUCCAAAUUAAGAUCCUCUCCGAAGAACAAGGAGAAUGGUAUCAAUUCGGACAAAACAAGACCCAAGUUGUUUUCAAAAGAAUCACUCAACAACGUAUCGAGAAAAUUAAGCGGCAAAUUCGAAGAGACAAUUGACACCAACAUGAGUGCGAAAAAUGUACUGGAAAGUAGGCGAAAGAUUAUGGAAGCCGAAAAAGAAAUGGAAGAGAAGCGUAAAGCUUCUGAGAAAUGUGAGUUCUCUAGAGAAUCGUUGAGCGAGUUUUUUGCCAAUAAAAAGCUGUCACUGGAUAAUCUGUCGGUGAAUCGGUCCCCAGGUGUGAACAGGAAAGUGAGCGGAUCGAAACAGAUGCUUCUGAAGAAAUGUGAUGUGCCAGGAAAGCCCACUCUCACGUGUUCGGGGCCUGUCAUGAUCGAUCUUUCGAUUCCGGUUACGAGGAGGGAUCGAGAACGAGCCAAGAUAACAGCGUUGAAUUACGUAAAAAAUAAAGGGCCAAUUAAAAAAGUGGAUCCAAACGAAGUCAGGGACAAAACUGCUCCACCCAAGAAGCGCUCUUUCCCAGAUGACAAAGAAGAGUCGGCAGAAAAAGAAACGACGCAAUCGUCCUUACCGGCUCGAUUCAUUGAGCUGAUGAACAAAACUUCAAAGCACACCGACCUUCUGGAUAAAGCCGAUGAAGAAAAGUUCAAUAACUAUUUCGAAAAGAUGAACAAGAAAGAAGAGAUGGAGGAGAAGAUGCUGUCCACUUACAAGCUACCCUGCAAAGCUGUCAGAUGCCUUAAUUGCAAAUACACGUGGUUCUCGGCAUCAGACCUGUGCAAGUCGGAAGGACACCGACUGAAGGUGGUGGAUGCCACUAAGCGCUUCUUCCGCUGCAACAACUGCAGCCAUCGCACCAUCUCACUCGACAUCAUUCCACUCGUCUCCUGUGCCAAUUGCGGCGGCUCCAACUGGAUCAGGGCUGCUAUGAUGUCUGAAAAGAAGACAAUGGUCAAUUUGAACCAGCUGAGUAUUCGAGGUGGAGAGCAAAAGUUUAUGAAUUCGGUUGAGUGUAAUGGGAAUCUCAACUUGCUUGUUCCUGAAUGAAUAAUUGUACAAUUGAAAGGGUUUGACCACUACUAUUGCUCAAUUUUUCGACUGAAAUGUGUAUUAUUGUGACUGAAUUUCAUAACUUUUUGUUUUUCAACGUAUUCCACAUUAUUUCUUAGUAAUUUCUGGUAAUCACAAUUCUACUGUUAUUCUGUAAUCUCUUUUCUCUUGUCAUAUAUUGUUUUUUAUUUUAUGUUCACAUCUAUUGCUAGAAUUUUUAUUUUACCUAUUUUAAAGUUUUAAACCCCUGUUCAUCAAAUUCAAUAUAGGCCUAUUCAAUUAACGCCUCUUAAGUAAGAUGAUCAUGCUAACAGAUGUCUGGUAUUUUCCUAGUACUUUGUUAUUAGCGAUAGGCAAUUGCAAACGAAGAAAAUUGAAUUCUGUUUUUAAACUAAAAUCAUAUAAAGCUAUAAAAUGUUUGAUUGGAAAUCAAGUGGCAAAUGGUAAUUUGACUGACAAGACAAGUAAGUUUCAAGAUAACAUCAUUGUUCAAUUUAUAGACCAAUGCAAAAAUUGACAUUUUGGAAGUUCUUUGUUUGGCCAACUUUGUCUGUUGAGUGAGUUUAAAUGGGUUACUACUACAUCUACUACAUGAAAGUAAAAUUUCCUUAACUUUGAAAAAAAAUUGUAUAAUGUGUUACGUAGUUUUUCCCGCAAGGCUUUUUUAAAGUUCUUAAAUCUAUUACAAUUAAUAUUUUAUUUUAUUUAAAUGAUAUUUUAUAGUAACCUUACUAAAGCUGGAUUCCCACACUACAGUGACAGUGAAAAUAUAACUCUCAUAAGUUCUAAUGGGAUUAUUCAUCCUUGCUCAGGAAAAUGAAUAGUUUCCAAUUUCUUCACUACCGGGAAUAAUAAAUUUAUUGUUAAUAUUUCAUUCGUUUGUGAAUACCAUACUUUUGUUAAAUUGACGACCAAACUAAUCUUUUAUUACCUAAAAGCAAUAUAGACACUUACUUUCCGUCACAACGUGUGGAUUCCCACACAACAGUGAAAAUAUAAUUCCCAUAAGUUCUGAUUACAGUGAAAAUAUAAUUCCCAUAAGUUCUGAUUGGAUUAUUACUAUUCAGUCCGGCCGAGCAAGUAUGAAUAAUUCUAUUAGAACGCAUGGGAAUUAUAAUUUCAUUGUUUUGUGAUAAUCCAGCUUUAACAGGUGUGAAGAAAAUUCAUGUACGGUAGCUUAGCAAGUGUUUAUAUUAUUAUUAUGAUUCUAUCCAUGAUGUGGACAUUAUGCAUUGCUUUUAGGCAAUAAAAGUCCAGUUUGGUCGUCAAUUUAACAAAAGUACUGUCCUCACAAACGAAUGAAAUAUAAAAAAUAAAUUUAUUAUUAUGUUAGUGAAGAUUUUGAAAACUAUUCAUUUUUAUGUGAAUGUUGACAUCCUUAUUUUGAACACAAUCGCGUUAGAAUAUAAACUCUACAAGCUAAAUAGUCAGAGUACAGUUGUUUGGGGGAUUUUUCAAAAUUUACAAAUAAUAUUUAUAAUAUGACUUUCUAAUAGUUUCAUUCUACUUAUCAGCACGAUGGUUUGAAGUGCCUAACUUGCUGUUUUCAGUUGCAGUAUUCUAAUAAUCUAUUAUUGUUUUAUAUUUCUAUGGUUUUUCAUGGUUUAGCUUUUGUAAUAUUGCAUAUUAUGUCAUUUUGUAUUGUUUUGUUAUAAUAAAACCAGUUGUUAAUAAAA